AUGAAGUCUUGCAAGAGCUUGAAGAAGUAUCCAAGACCAUCAAACGUUGAAGAAGAAAGCACAACAACAAUGAGCUCAACAGAAGAAUACAUGAAAAUAUGGAAUACUCUUACUCAUGACAACAGUGAUACCAAUGUUUAUGACACCCAGCCCGACAUUCAUGGCCACCCUACCUGUCUGCAGGACAGAGCACUGUUGACGCCCCGAAAUCACUCUGGCUGUGGUUGGAGUGUGAGGAAGGAAAAGUGUAGCUGGGCCAAAAUUAGAAGUCGCAUGGAGCAGGUUUUAGUGGGCGAAACUGUUGUUCUUUGCGCAGUAUGCUUGUAUGGGCACACACCAGGCGUGUUGGGAAACGGCUAG